AUGGAUGAUUUUAAACAGUUGGAUUCGGGUGGAUUUCAAAGUUCUCACAAGUUCCCAUAUCUAGUCGGCUUAUUAAGCAAUUACGGCAAAUCUGUUGUAGAUCUAAUCCACUACUACGAAGACACAGACGAUUAUUCAGAACUAGCCAAAUUGAUUAACCGACCAGUCGGCGAGAUUUUCCAAUAUUUCAAAGCACUACAGAAUGAUUUGGUAAUACAACCGAGCGACGUGGACGGCUUGUUCGACGAAGAGGAAGCAAUAUCCACUGGGUUGCCAUUUAUAGAUCAAGAAUUGCGUGGUGACUCUGGCGGUGUUGGCGGUGGCAGCUGCGGUGGAAUCCCUUUUGGUGAGGUGACGGAAGUAUUCGGUGCCAGCGGGUGUGGGAAAUCGCAGUUUCUUUACCAGUUGCUCCGCAACUGCGUUAUGCAGUAUCCUCAUAGUAAACCGAUUCAUAUUGCUACUGAGACAUUUAUGGAGUCCAAAAGAUUGGCAGAUAUGUUUGAAUCUGAUUUGGAUGGACGGGAAAUUGAUACAAAAUUGGACCAAAUACGUUAUAUAUACUGUCCUGACUUGGAAAGUCAAGAUCACAUUUUAUUCACGCAGUUGCCAACAAAAUUGCUACAAGACAAAUCACAUACUAAAUUACUUGUUGUUGAUUCAAUUGCCCAUCAUUUCAGACGAGAGGAUUCGACGUCAAAUGUCAAUUUUCUAAAAGACAAGAUAGAAGAGCAAGCGCAGCAACUCGAGGGCGAUGUGGAAUUCCAGGAGCUAAGACGAACAAAGAAUCGAUACAUGAAGUUGGUGGGCAACAAGACUACGAAAUAUGCAACAAGGUCAACAAAGUUACAUUACCUAAGCUUGAUGUACCGUCAUUUAACUAGAUUGGCUAGGGAGUUUAAUAUUGCCAUAGUGGUGGUGAAUCAAGUUAGUGACCAUACCGCUGAUUUCGCCAAGGCCAAGCAAUCUAUCAUUGACGAUGAAGAUUUGUCUUAUCCUUUAAAUCUAGACUUCCAGAUUCCGAUAGCGUCUGGAUGGGACCCGAAAGCCAUAUUCAAAUACUUGCCUCCAUCACAUGUACAAUUGAAUGAACGAGAUUUGGAAUUGUUGGAUUUAGAAUUACAAAAGUCAUUUGAUUCAGUCUCUUCCUCAAACAAGCGACAAAAAGUCACCGAUGAAAACGGCACCAGAUCUGUACCUGUGGAGGAAGAUCCCCGAUUGAACAAGAAGAGAAUUGUCGAUUUGCGUGAAAGUCAAGCAGACUUGAUAAGGAAGGCUCAUGAGUUGAAAAAUAAGAGUACAAAGAGAAUUGUCCCCACUAUGGGGUAUCCGUGGGCAACAAGAAUUCAAAAUAGGAUUAUGUUGAUGAAGACUUACAAGCCCCAAUUAAAGACGAGAGAAGAAUUGGUUAAAGAGAAUGAGGCCAAUGGAGGAGUGGAUUUGGAAACUGGAUUAUCCUAUGCGCAGCUUUGUGAGGGUUUUAACUUGGGCUCGACUGGCAGUAGAGAGCAGUCACAGAAGCUGUUGCAGCAACAAAAACAACAACAACAACAACUGUCUGGCUCAAAAUCUUCAACUAGUUCCAGUGUCGAUCCCAAAUCGAGUGUUUCUCUGUUGAUCAAAGGUUGGCAAGUUGAACGGUUCAUCAAAGUAGUUCAGAGUACACAUAAUGCGAGCAAUGAUAGGUUCAAAAAUUAUGCCUUCACAAUUGGUCAGGGAGGAUUGAAGCAGGCCUGA